CCCCCUCAAGACCAGCCCAAGAAUGAAACUGAUUGCAUCACAGCGACAGCUCUCUAACUACUUACCUGUGAUAAGGUUUGCACCGCUGCACUCGCCGUCUCAGGAUUCAAGAGGGAUCCUGUGUCAUGUAGUUGUUUUUCUCCACAAAGCAGAGUCGGCCGUGGAUGGACACACGGUUAACGGCUGUGACACGAGGCGGGAUUGAAAGUGUUGCAAAGAAAGACUUCUGAAGAAUGAACAACAGCCACCCGGAAACAUCACCUGACAUACAGGAAACAGAGUUUGGGAGUUCUGCCCUGACCAAACAGAGGAGGAUUACCUACUUCUCCAGCGGGGAAACUCUGGAGGAGGAAGACAGUGAAGAGGAAGAAGAGGAAGAAGAGCAGUCAUCAAACAGACCUCCCUUCAGAGAACCUGCAGAGAGGACUAGGUCAUUCAAGAAUGUGGCCCUUCUAGUUGGAAGAAUUUCCCUGCUAGCUUGCGAUUUCCUUGGAGAGAGACUAGCUGGUGCACUAGGACUGAAUGCAGCCAAAUACCAGUAUGCCAUAGAUCAACACCAUCGUGACCACAAGCAGACAACAAGCAGCAAAGCCACAGACAACCUGAAGGGAGAACAGGCAGCCACCAUCCAUCUCUCUUCCGGACUGGAUGGGCGUCAUUACGGUGCUACAGGAGAUGUAAGAUGCCCCGCUGAUACCCAGGGAAGCUGUGAUGAGAAACACAUGGACAGAAGUGAAGGUUGUCACAACAGAGCCUAUCAAGCAGAUGAGGAUUAGUUGAAUUAAAACUAAUGGGACGAAAAACAAUGGAAUAAGAGUUGUGAUUUGUUUAAAGUGCACUGUGUAAAAAA